GGACCGGACGUCAGCAGCGAUCGCGCCGCUGCGGAGCCCACCGAGGCCCGUUGGCCACGCCCACUCCCCGUACGCCACGCCCUGCGCCGGCGCGCGAGGGGGUCCGGCGGGCGGCCGUUAGAGCGGCCGGCAACCAUGAUCACUUCCGGUUUCUCUUCCCCCAACCCCUCCACUGCAGCUCAGGAGGUCAGGCCUGCCACCGAUGGUAGUAGCGGCAGCAGCUCCUCCUGCAAGAAGAGAAAGUUAAAUAACAGCAACUCCGAAAGAGAGGAAUUCGAUUCCAUUUCCUCCUGUUCCUCAUCUCCUUCCAAAAACAACUCCUCCUCGUCUUCUUUGGUCAUCACCGCCUCUUCGUGCUCCUCCUCAGGGGUUGCCUCCUCCAACCAUCACCUCCAGAAGAAGCUGCGCUUUGAGGACUCCUUGGAUUUUAUCGGACUCGAUGUGAAGAUGGCGGAAGAGUCUUCUUCCUCCUCCUCUCCCGCUGCCUCUUCUCAACAGCAGCACCAACAGCAGCUCAAAAAUAAAAGCCUUUUAAUUUCUUCAGUGGCCGUAGGGCAUCACGCCAAUGGCCUGACCAAAGCUGCCUCCUCUACUGUGUCCAGUUUUGCCAACAGUAAACCUGGCUCCGCUAAGAAAUUAGUGAUCAAGAACUUUAAAGAUAAACCCAAAUUGCCUGAAAACUACACAGAUGAAACCUGGCAAAAACUGAAAGAAGCCGUAGAAGCAAUCCAGAACAGUACUUCCAUUAAGUACAACUUAGAGGAGCUCUAUCAGGCUGUUGAAAAUCUCUGCUCCUACAAGAUUUCAGCAAACUUGUACAAACAGUUGAGACAAAUCUGUGAAGAUCACAUUAAAGCACAAAUUCACCAGUUCAGAGAGGAUUCAUUGGAUAGUGUUCUUUUUCUAAAGAAAAUAGACAAAUGUUGGCAAGAUCACUGCAGACAAAUGAUUAUGAUUAGAAGUAUUUUUUUGUUCUUGGACCGAACUUACGUACUUCAGAAUUCGAUGCUGCCAUCUAUUUGGGAUAUGGGGCUAGAAUUGUUCAGGACUCAUAUAAUCAGUGAUCAGAAGGUUCAGAACAAAACUAUUGAUGGCAUUCUUCUGCUGAUUGAGAGAGAAAGAAAUGGUGAGGCUAUUGAUAGGAGCUUACUGCGAAGCCUUCUGAGCAUGCUUUCUGACUUGCAGAUUUAUCAAGAUUCUUUUGAGCACCGAUUCUUGGAAGAAACUAACCGUCUGUAUGCAGCAGAAGGACAGAGGCUUAUGCAGGAACGUGAGGUUCCAGAAUAUCUUCACCAUGUCAACAAGCGCUUGGAAGAAGAAGCAGACAGGAUAAUCACUUAUUUGGAUCAGAGCACGCAGAAGCCACUAAUUGCUACUGUAGAAAAGCAACUUCUAGGUGAACAUUUAACAGCCAUUCUCCAGAAAGGUUUAAACCACCUUCUGGAUGAAAACCGAAUUCAAGACCUGUCCCUUCUGUAUCAGUUAUUCAGUCGUGUGAGAGGUGGAGUGCAAGUUCUCUUGCAACACUGGAUUGAGUACAUAAAGGCAUUUGGUAGCACCAUAGUAAUUAAUCCAGAAAAAGACAAAACCAUGGUCCAAGAACUGCUUGAUUUUAAAGAUAAGGUUGACCAUAUUAUUGAUGUUUGCUUUCUCAAGAAUGAGAAGUUUGUAAAUGCCAUGAAAGAAGCCUUUGAAACAUUCAUUAACAAAAGACCAAAUAAGCCAGCUGAACUUAUAGCUAAAUAUGUAGAUUCAAAGCUUCGGGCAGGCAACAAAGAAGCUACUGAUGAAGAACUUGAAAAAAUGCUGGAUAAAAUUAUGAUCAUAUUUAGAUUCAUAUAUGGAAAAGAUGUGUUUGAGGCCUUCUAUAAAAAAGAUCUAGCAAAGAGACUAUUAGUUGGGAAGAGUGCUUCAGUAGAUGCUGAAAAAUCUAUGCUUUCCAAACUCAAACAUGAAUGUGGAGCUGCUUUCACGAGCAAACUUGAAGGAAUGUUUAAAGAUAUGGAGCUUUCAAAAGACAUAAUGAUACAAUUUAAACAGUAUAUGCAAAAUCAGAAUGUACCUGGCAAUAUUGAACUAACAGUGAAUAUCUUGACUAUGGGUUAUUGGCCAACCUACGUGCCUAUGGAGGUUCAUCUGCCCCCAGAGAUGGUAAAACUGCAGGAGAUUUUCAAAACCUUUUACUUAGGAAAACACAGUGGUAGGAAACUUCAGUGGCAGUCAACUCUAGGACACUGUGUGCUAAAAGCAGAAUUUAAAGAAGGCAAAAAAGAACUUCAGGUCUCCUUGUUCCAGACACUAGUGCUGCUCAUGUUUAAUGAAGGAGAGGAGUUCAGUCUAGAGGAGAUAAAGCAAGCCACUGGGAUAGAGGAUGGAGAGCUGAGAAGGACACUUCAGUCUCUGGCUUGUGGCAAAGCUAGAGUACUGACUAAGAGCCCCAAAGGAAAAGAUGUGGAAGAUGGUGAUAAAUUCACAUGCAAUGAUGAUUUCAGACAUAAGCUGUUCAGGAUAAAAAUCAACCAAAUUCAGAUGAAAGAAACGGUAGAGGAGCAGGCAAGCACUACAGAAAGAGUAUUCCAGGACCGGCAAUACCAGAUUGAUGCGGCCAUCGUACGAAUUAUGAAGAUGAGAAAAACACUGAGUCAUAACUUGCUUGUGUCAGAGGUCUACAACCAGCUUAAAUUCCCAGUAAAGCCUGCUGACCUUAAGAAGAGAAUAGAAUCCUUAAUUGACAGAGACUACAUGGAAAGAGAUAAAGAAAACCCAAAUCAGUACAACUAUAUUGCAUAAACAUAUGUUGGCCUUUGUUUUACUGCACACUUGGUGUCAUACGCAAUUGCCAGUGGAUAAACUAGCCUGUUAAUCCCGUUAAUUGACUUUUUAUACUACCGAUGACUGAAUGAAAGCAGUGUAAUGGAGGAGUAUAGUAGAGUGGACUUCUUUCAGUGGUUAACAUGCCCAUUUAAAGAGUACUAUUUACAUUUUAAGAAGAAUGCUGUUGAACUCUUUGCAUGUUAUUUAGUAAGAUGUGCAGGAAGCUGCAAGAAAGUAUCUGGUCUUCGUAAUUCCAUUUGACUCUGGUUCUGAAGAGGAGAGUCCCUUGAUAUGACAGAUGUCUUUCACACCUUUAAAUGGAAACAGAAGGUUAACAUAAGAAAAUAGCCUUUAAAAUGCUUAAACUGCAUGCAAACUUUUAAUUUACUGUACAGAGUGCAUUUCAGUUAGCAACAUACCAUUGGUUUGGACGAUACCCACACAAGGAUUUUUCUCAAGGGGAGGGGAAAUGGGGAAUAAGCCAAGCUACGCUUAUUGCUGAUCUAGUGGAAUAUGUUCUUGGUUGCAGUUAAGACAAAAUGGUACCAAUAUAAAAUGAUUUAUAAAAGUUUGUAGUGUGGGCAUAUAUAUACAAAUAUCAUUCUUAAAUAACUGCUACAACAAAACAAGUUCAGAUUUGUAUUUAUAUGGCUUGCCUGUAAGACUUAGUGUUCACCUUUGGGAAUUUUAAGCAUAAAACAGCCAUAAUGGAAACAAAAGUGACAGUUUUUACUGGACAUGGGUAGGAGGCCUUCACCUCUUGGCAGCAAUACUCUGCAAAAGAGAAUCUAUUUAAAGGUAUUUAUGAAAAGCCACACUGUUCUUGUGGUAAAGCUAUAAGAACAAAAACUACAAAUUAAUUUUAAUACUUGUUUUGCUUUGCAACAUUCUGAACUUGAACAAACCUCAAGGUUUAGACAGGGCACUUACAAGACUGCCCUGCUUUGGAUUGCUUUAACUUAAAGCUUUAAGAACUCAGCCCUAGAUGUGGCAGGCCUCCGAGAACCCAGAAGCCUACCUCUCAUACAGAAAGAUAGUUAAGUAUUGCUGUAAGGCAUCUAAAACAUUGUCUUAGGUGACCAGAGAGCAUUCUUUACAUCUUGAUAAGACACGAGAGAAUAAGUCACUUGAAUGUAGAGCUUUUUUUCAACAGGUUGUGUUUUUUAUUGCUAUAGCAGUACGACAGGAAUACGUGGGGUAAAAAAUGUCAACAGAAAAGGUAACUCCUCUACGUAACAGUUCUUCCUUACAGCCAAGCUUUAGACCUACAAUCAGCUGUGUUGCAGAGCACAAUGAAAAACCUCAUCUUUGUUCGGGCACUAACAGUCCUGGGGAAUACCAGACAUUUCCUGUAAGCAAGAUGUUACUUUCUUUUCAGUGACAGUGUAACUUAGCGCUCUAUGAUCUCUAACUUUUAUCACUGUGAUCCCACUUUCAGGGGCCUACAUGUGAGAGAGGGUGUGUGUGUGUGGUGUUUGUGUGCGUUUUGUAUCUGACAAAUCCCAUCCUUACUGCUUUUUUGGUCCAUUGUUUAAUUCUGUAUUUUCUUCAGCUGUGUGUUUUCUCAGGCUUUUGUACACAGUCCUCAGUUGACAGAUGGAGCAGGUGGUUUUUUUUUUUUCUCCUAGUGAAUUACUUACUGUCACCCUCUAGUAACUGUAAUACAGUUCUUUACACGAUCUGCAGGAAAUCUGCCUUAACCUUUGACACUGUUACAGCAUAACUACUGGUAGGCAUCCAGGGCUACAAUUGCCUCCGUAAGAAAAGCAUUAAUAGAAUUAUUUGGUAAAGAACUUGAAGAUUGCUCUGCUAACAGAGCCAGGUCUUUAAGUAUUAUUUCAAAUGGUGAUCCACUGGGGAGAAAGGAAUGCUCCCCCCCCCCUCCAAAAAAAAGACAACCCUUCUCUGUUUUCCAUUCAACGUUCCUUUUUCUUGUAUAUGUUUUGUAUUUUUAGCCAAUAAAAGAUUCCUUUUAAAAUGGUGUUUUGGAGAAGGAACAUAAACUCUUUGGGAGACAGGAGACUGUAGAAAUUGCUGUCAAACUGGUUCUCUUCACUUGGUUGUAGCAAAUCAGUCAAACACCAUCACACAUUAAAAAUACCUGGUCUGGUAAAAUCCUCCCUCAUCAGAUAAGCUUGUUGCAAUCAGUCAGACUAAGCAGACAGGUACAAGGGCCUAUUUAAUUUUUAUCCCAUCCACUUCAGUAACUUAAAUGCAGAAAUUAUUACAUUAAAAAUGUCCUCAGCUCUCAUAAGACUUCAGUGAUGUGAGGCAGCCCCGAGUGGCAAUCCAGUUAAAGCAACCCAAAGAGCAGACGUUGAGAAUACUGAGUGGGCUGAGUUAGAGGAGCAGGAGGGAGGGGAGAAGGCUUCUCAUUCUUCAUGGCUUUUCCCUGAGAACUUGUUUAUCUCUUCUGCUAAGGUCUCAUUCAUUCCUCAUUCAUGACAAAGCUGCAGCCAAGAGUUAUUGACUGGCUGUACAACUCUGCAACCUCUUGCUGGGAUCAUGUGCCUGCCUAUUGAGCCAUAUAUAUCUCUGGAUGAAAAAACAAGUGGGCUUGGACCACUGCUCAUUUGGCUAUAACACAGCUUGUCUGUUUGGCCACGCAUUUUUAAUCUUGACUCUUGCAUGCAGUUUAUAGCACCUUGUUCAUAAGAAAUUGCAGUUUAUUCUUAGAAAUAUAUAUUUUAAGUUUUUUAAUCUUUAUACCCGUAAAUGGAAUAUUUUUUUGUCUUGGCUGGUUUAAAAAGUGACCAUUUUGUUUAAAUGCUGUAAUUGCAAAUGUGUUGUAAACAUUGUUUUGUUCUAUAGUUUACACAAAGGUGCCAAAGUAAAUAGAUAAUAAAAAGGAAAAAAAAAAAAAAACCCUAGCAAAUUAAGUUGCUUUAGCUGUGCUUCAUACUUUGGUCUCUGCUCUUUUCUUAUCAGUCAGCUGGUUGAUUUUUUCCUAAGCAUAUCAUUUGCCCUAAUGCUUUCUUCUUUUUUUUUUUAAUUAAACAGUGCAUCUAAAUACAUGUCCAAAUACCACUUUGUUGGGUUGUUUUUAGUGAUUUCAUACAGUAGGAAGAAUAUUUUCUUUGGAAAGUUACACUAAAAUUGUAAGAGUACAGCAGCAUUCAAAAAUGUAAUAUACUUUUUGUAUAACAAUUCUUCAGAGUAUGUCUGGAGUGGGAAGAAGAAAACAACUAACCCUGUUACUUCUCAGAAGCCUCUUCACUCGGCUACCGGAAUAUAAAAUUGUGCUUUUUCACUGCAUCAAAGAGUUAGAGUUUAUGCAGACUUGCAAACAGGGCAUGUGUCACCAUUGCAUCCGUUGAUGCAAAAAGCAGCAAAACCUUUUUAAUGUUUCAUAACAAGUCUGAUAUGGGUACAGAGAGUCUUUCUUAAAGUUGGUAAAUAAUGUAAAUACAUGUCCUUUCAGAGAGUGAGUCUGUUAUCUAGGUAUUUUGUGUCAUUUAAUAAAUAUUAAACAGUUUUGUGUUGAUAAA